AUGAACUCGUUGAAUAUCCUGUCGUCCCGAGUCAUUGGCCAAUCUUCAAAUUCCAACCGUAGUCGUCAACGAUCUCGUUCGCAAGGAGACCUUCCUCCCCCAAGCUCGCCGGGCGAUCUCGCAAAGCUCAGGUCGUACAGUAGCAACGACUUCCAUUCGCUAGAUGUCACUGAGAAGCUCGGUGACGAUGCGACCAGGACGACGGAAACCGGGGACCCAUUCGAGCAUACCCUGGACGAGAAGACGUCGCUAAUACGCGGGAUUCAGAGGGAUGGCUCGCUCGUGACGAAAAGCUCCCUGGGCCUGGUUGCUCAGCGCUUUUUUGAUGCGAUCACCGAAACUAUCAAGUUUAUCCUGUCUACUUUGGCUGCUCCAGGAAUAUACGCAGCUCAGUGCUUUCGGGACGACACCGGCCAUUAUUCUCCCAUGGCGCCGGUCAGGAAGCUGCGACAGGCAGUGUUUGGGUCCAAGGCGGCCGGCAGCUCGCCCAAAAGGACCCGGUCUGCAGACAAUAAACGGCGAGGCAGUUCUGCCCGAAAGCUCAAGAGCCACGCGUCCCGAGAUUCAAUCGCAUCCAGUACCUCCGAGUCGGACAAUGAUCGUCGGGCCGUGAAGGGUCUCACGAGUGGUAAUCAGCGGACCUCGAAGGCGAAAUCUACGGGCUUGGAGCCGGUGUCGGAUGACAGCGCUCCUCGCCGUUCGAUCCGGAUCAAACUGCACAACGAAGAGGCCCUGCAACGUCAACGGCACCGUCGAGCGCAGAGCGCCGAUCUGGGGUCAUCGCUGGCUUCGCAUAAUGGAACGCAAGGGGCCCUCAACCUCGACAAUCUAAAGUCCCCGACGUCCCCAUCGGUGCAUAGGGUGACCAGGUACCCUCAUUCCCCCGUGCCUCCGCGACCGCUCAUCCCGCCACGAAUCCCGUCGUAUACUGCCGCUUCGCGCGGGUCCCGGGUCCCUCAAAAGACCCUGGUACUCGACUUGGACGAAACACUGAUCCACUCGCUGGCCAAGGGAGGGCGCAUGUCCAGCGGUCAUAUGGUUGAGGUCAAGCUGGCCACGCCGAUGACCACUGCUCUGACGCCGGGAGCUCCGCCGACGACUCUGGGGCCGCAGCAUCCCAUCCUCUAUUAUGUGCACAAACGGCCGCACUGCGAUGACUUCCUCCGCAAGAUCUGCAAAUGGUACAAGCUGGUCAUCUUCACCGCCAGUGUGCAAGAGUACGCCGAUCCCGUCAUCGACUGGCUGGAACAAGAGCGGAAAUUCUUCCAGGCUCGGUAUUACCGCCAGCACUGCACGUUGCGCAACGGUGCCUAUAUCAAGGAUCUCAGUUCGGUGGAACCUGAUUUGAGCAAAGUAAUGAUCUUGGAUAACAGUCCCAUGAGCUACAUAUUUCACGAAGAUAACGCCAUUCCCAUCGAAGGUUGGAUCAAUGACCCUACGGACAACGGCCUCCUCCAUCUGAUCCCUAUGCUGGAAGCUUUGCAGUACGUGACCGACGUGCGGGCACCCCUGGCACUCCGUAGGGGCGAGACAGAAGCAUAG